GCUUCCUUUGCGAUGACGUGUUUGGUGUCUGGUCUUGGUAUCCUUAUAUCGAUCUUUAUACCGGGAGAUCUUAUAUUCGUUUAUCUUAGAACAUGGAACCGGGAAAACUACAUUGAUCAGAAUUUCAUCGAGAGAAGUUGGACGUGGCGUAUAGAUGUUGAUGUUCCUGCAAGUUUAGAUCUAACCAAGUUUGGUGACGCAUUUGGAAAGGGCCUUGAAUUCACAUUUGAAGAACAUAUCUCUCACACAAAACAACUGAUUCGGAAAAUAUUUAGUAAAACUGUAGGUAAAAUUAUUAUUGAUACUUUAUUAUCAAAAAAUAGGCCUUUCUUUGAUCUCUAUAUGCAUCCUGUAGACACAUUAAGUAAAUGGGAGAGAGCCUUAGAUGUUUUUAAGCUUGCAGACCAUCCGAGAAUCCUUGAUGUUCUUCAGGACGACGCAAAGGAUAAUGUCGAGGACAGAAAAUACAUCGCCGUAUUUGUCAGCAGUGAACGAAACAUUAAAAAUUCGAUUUUAAAUGAAAUUGAGAAGAAAUUCAACACUGCACAACUUCUCCGAAAGAAAUUGCAUCAUGAAAUAGGAAAACGCGUCAUCCAUGCUUUAUUAGGAUCUAAAAACAAAGAGCUUAAAUUUACAACAUUUAUGGAAUAUUUCAAUAAUUAUAAAGGAGCAAAUGAAGUACUAGAAAACAACGUAUUUGCAUAUCAUCCGGAAAAUAAUGUUGUUACAUUUCAGUCCCAAUCGGUAGAAUCCUACAUUCGAGAAAACACCGACAUAUUCGUUAACCUAAUUGAUCUCACACCCCAAGAAGGGACAUCCUCCAAUCAAACGAACAAGUAA